GUGAGCAUUUUGUCGAUGGGCGGAACAACGGCUCUGUUGUGUUUCUGGAAGCUACCAGCUGGGGAAAAGAGGAAAAAGCAGCACUGUUUUCCUUUCAUUUUUCUCCGAUUUUCCCCUCUCUCUCUUGCCGCUAAUCUGAAUCACCAUUCAGUAAAACAGGACAUUGUGGCCGCUGCAGCUCGAUGGGAAAAGUGUAGCCAUGUUCAGCUUCGAGGGAGAUUUCAAGCGGACGCCCAAAGUGUCCCUUGGAGGGGCGAGUAAGAAGGAGCAGAAAGCGUCACUUCUUCACCGGACGCAGGAGGAAAGACGCAAGCGAGAGGAUGAAAGGAAAAGGCUGAAGAACGCAAUAAUCAUCCAGUCCUACAUCCGAGGCUUCCAGGAGAGAAAACGUCAAUAUGGCAUUCAGCGAAGCCAUUUCGACCGUUGUGUGUGUGAGAGUCAGUGUUCCUCCGGAUCCAUGCUCCCAGACGCUGCUCCGCUCAGCCUGCUCAUCCGCCGCCUGCUCUUCUUCUACCGCAACAGCGAGGACACACAGCGACUGAUCUGGCUGUGUCAGAGUGUAGUGAAGCACCAUGCUCAGUUUGUGAAGCUGCUGACCGGACCUGAGAGAAGCACAUGCGUGUUCCAGAUCAAGAGGCUUCUCGGACACUGCUGCAGACUCCUGCAGCUGUGCCAGGACGACGGUCUGAACGUGGCCGUCCCCAUGCGCAUGCUGGAGGUGUUUUCCUCGGAGAGGACCUACCUGCCCCCUCUGCAGGACGUCGGCGCUGCCGCCGCGCUCACGGAGCAGGUUUUGCACUAUAUGGUUCAGAAAGGAUACUACAAGAUGCUGUACGUGCUGGUCAAUCACAAGUUACCGUCCAGUCUGGAUUACAGCGACGCCCCCUCGCUUCCCCUGGCACACACACUGCUGGAACACACACUCAAACCACUGCACUUUAUGUACAGCUCCUGUCCUGCGGGUGCCAGGCAGUUAGUUUUCUCUGCCUUUACAGAAGACUUCAUCUCUCCUCCGUUCACUGAGCAGAUGUUUCACUUCUUCGUGCCGGCGCUGGCGGACCCCAAACUCCGUUUCCCCUUUCACGACUUCCUAUUCUCCCUGCAGGCCACCAUCUCUUUGUCAGACCGGGCCCAGUGCCACGCCCCGUGGCUCUUCUACUUCGUGUUGUCGCUUGGGGAAACAGGCCUCGGUUCUCUCUCGGAAGAAGGGCUGCUGUUGUAUCUGAGCUCUCUGCAGGCUCUACUCCCUCUGCUUCCUGUGAGUGAGAGCCACACCAGAGCCGACGUCGCCAGCGACUCAGAGGACGAGGAUGACAACUCGUCACACCCUCCUCCUGUACAGGACAACAACAGGAUGUCGGUGCAGUUGAUCACACAGCUGUGUGUGCAGAAGUUGGACUCGAAGCAGCAGACGAACGCUCUGCUGUCUCUGGUGUGGAGAGACUCGGCCAGCGAGGACGUCUUCACCAUGAUGGCAUCCAUCUGCCACAUCCUCAUGGUGCAGCAUCGCAUGAUGGUGCCCAGAGUCAGGCUUCUGUACAGUUUGGCCUUCAACGCUCGCUUCCUCAGACAUCUGUGGCACUUGAUAACGUCCAUGAGGACCAAGAUGAUCACAGGGUCUCUGGUGCCAUUGCUGCAGCUGAUGUCUCGCGGCUCUCCUAUGUCUGCUGAGGACUCGAAUAGGAUCAUCCCUCUCUUCUACCUGUUCAGCUCUCUGUUCAGCCACUCGCUCAUCUCCAUCCAUGACACUGAGUUCUUCGGGGAAGCCAUGGAUGGUCAGAGGCAGGCGUCCAUGAUGCCGUUCUCUCUCCCUGAGUUGGUGACUCUCUCCCGCUGUUUGCGUGACGCGUGUCUGGGGAUCAUUAAGCUGGCGCAUCCCGAGACGAAGAGCGGCCACAGCGAGGAAUACGCGGCAGCGUUCCGCAGCGUCGGAGUCAAAACCAGCAGCCAAGUGCAGCAGCGCAUCCAGAACCAACAGAAACGCUGGGUCCAGCUGUUCAAGGUGAUCACCAACCUAGUGAAGAUGCUGAAGGCGAGGGACAUCAGGAGGCCCUUCUGCCCCGAGGGUCACUGGCUGUCCGACGAGGUCAACAUCAGGGCUGAUAAGGUGACUCAGCUGUACGUUCCUUCUGCUCGACACGUGUGGAGGACGAGGCGCAUGGGCCGAAUCGGACCGCUGCAGUCCACGCUGGAUGUUGGCUUGGAGCCUCCGCCGCUGUCUGUUUCGGAGGAGAGACACCUGGCCAUCCUCACAGAGCUGCCCUUCGUCGUGCCCUUCGAGGAGAGAGUAAAGAUCUUCCAGAGGCUGAUCUACGCCGACAAACGGGAUGUACAGGGGGACGGCCCUUUCCUUGAUGGCAUCAACAUCACCAUCAGGAGGAACUACAUCUAUGAGGACGCGUAUGACAAACUGUCUCCGGAGAAUGAGCCGGAUUUGAAGAAGCGUAUCCGGGUGCACCUGCUGAACGCUCACGGCCUGGAUGAAGCCGGCAUCGACGGCGGGGGGAUCUUCCGCGAGUUCCUCAGCGAGCUGCUCAAGUCAGGGUUCAACCCCAACCAGGGCUUCUUCAGAACCACUAACGAGGGACUGCUGUACCCGAGCCCCACGGCCGAGAUGCUUAUAGGAGAGAGCUUCACACGCCACUACUACUUCCUUGGCCGGAUACUGGGGAAGGCUCUGUAUGAGAACAUGUUAGUAGAGCUGCCGUUUGCCAGUUUCUUCCUGUCCAAGCUGCUCGGGACCAGCGCUGACGUGGACAUUCAUCACUUGGCUUCACUCGACCCCGAGAUGUACCGGAACCUUCUGUUCCUCAAGAGCUACGAGGGAGACGUGGAGGAUCUGGGGCUCAACUUCACCAUCGUCAACAAUGACCUGGGAGAGGCUCAGGUGGUUGAGCUGAAGCCAGGCGGGAAGGACAUCCCGGUUACCACGGCGAACCGCAUCGCCUACAUCCAUUUAGUGGCCGAUUACCGGCUGAACAAACAGAUCCGAGCUCACUGCCUGGCAUUCAGACAGGGCCUGGCCAACGUGCUCAACCUCGAGUGGCUGCGCAUGUUUGACCAGCAGGAGAUCCAGGUUUUGGUCUCCGGUGCACAUGUGCCUAUCUGUCUGGAUGACCUGAAGAAAUUCACCAAUUACUCAGGAGGAUACUCACCCACUCACCCGGUCAUCAAGAUCUUCUGGGAUGUGGUGGAGAAUUUCAGUGAUGAGGAGAAACGCAAGCUGCUCAAGUUCGUCACCAGCUGCUCACGUCCUCCUCUGCUGGGAUUUAAAGAGCUCUACCCCGCCUUCUGCAUCCAUAACGGAGGGAAUGAUCUGGAGCGCCUUCCCACCGCCAGCACCUGCAUGAACCUGCUCAAGCUGCCCGAGUUCUACGACCAGCAGCUGAUGAAGAGCAAGCUGCUCUACGCCAUCGAGUCGUCCUCGGGCUUCGAGCUCAGCUGAGAGCCGGCGGGAUGCCGUCGCCACGGUGACCAAACAGGGGGCGGGCUCUUGAUUCGCAAAUGUGAGACGGAAGGAAACGGAACGCUUGACACGCUCGGACGCCGAGGCAACAGUGAAUUUUAAUCCUGAACACGGAUGAGGAAGUGACUGUACUGCUCGAGACGCCGUCAUUCAAAGCACUGCACAUCGUUAAAAAAAAAAAAAAAAAAACAUGAACAAAACAAAGCGAAACACGCGAUGCAUAACUCACCAAAGAUUUUUGCUAGGUUAUUUUUGUAGCGCCGGUGCUGGACGUAGGACGAGACGCUGCUGUGACUGUGAGGACGAUGUAGCGCUGAGGUUCUUCAUGCUAACACGCGGACUUAGCUUUGCUCUGAGAUCAAAAGCUUCUAAACCCUGCGCGUACUAGCAUAGUAGUAGUUUAGCGUUAGCAACAGCGUGUCGUGAUUUUUUUUAGCUUUGCUAAUAACCGGCUAGCAUGAUUGACUCAGAAGCUACAGGGAAAUUCCACUUUUUUUUUUCCUUUCUUUCUUUCUCUUUUUCUUGCUAAUCAUGUCCUGACUCGACUGUUUAGCUCUAUCUCAUUGAUGUUCUUCGAACUACACAGCUUGCCACUCAUGCUUAAUAACUGCUGUGCUAAUUAUCGUCUUUGCUAGCCCACUAACUAUAAAGUAGUUUAAGCCUAAUUGGCGCUUAGCUAGUUUUUUUUUUUUUUCUAAAUAUGUUGCUUUUUAUUUCUUCUUGCAUUCGCUAGUAAACUAAUGAGCUAGUUCUCUGAACAGCCAGCAGCUACUAGUUUUCUUCCAUGUUACAUUCCUAACUAGCGCCUCAGCUCAAGUCGCUUUAGCUCACAGUGCCUUCUGGGUAACAUUGAUUUCCGCAGCUUGUCUUGACCUGGUGAUUGAGUAAGGUAGCAGGACGUGGUGGUGAUGCUAUUUGAUAAAUAAGAGCGUGGGUUUGUUUUAGAAUUUCCUUUUUCCCUUUGGAGUUUCCUUUUACAGGACGACCGAUGAAGGUUUCAAGCACUAAUACUGUGUGUGUGUGUGUGUGUGUGGGAUGGACAAAUCAGCAACCCAGGACUGGUAUAUUGCACAUCUAUAGUGUUUUAGAUGUAAUAAGACUUUGGAAUAAAUCAGAAAUAUCCCAUCUACCAGAAUAAAGACAGAAGGUUUAGAGGUCUUCUUCACACCAAUCAUCUCCACCAGGCAACAACAGCUAUCACUUUUUCUCCAUGCAGAUGUUAUGGGGGAUGUGGUAGCUUACUGGUGAAGGUGUUUGACUACUGAAUGGAAGGUCAUGAACUGAAGUCCCUCAUUUCACCUCCGGGCCCCUGAGCAAGGCCCCACAACCCUCAAUUGCUUACUUUUUAUAAUAAGAUAAAACGUUUAUUGACGCUCUGGAUAAGGGCGUCUACAAACUGCUGUCAAAUGUAACAUUAAAGCUUUACACACUAGAGUGUAAAAUAAAUAAUAGGAGGUACAUGAUGAUGAUGAUCUUCCCCCGAACCAGGACCUGAAAUAAUCCCAUCAUUAUUCAUCACAGAGAUUGUUAUAUAUUCAUGUUGAGAUUAAACUAAAUUAGCCGCUAGAUUUCUUAGCAUAACGAGAGAACGGCGUUCUGAUUUGUCCGUCCCUGCUAGUGAAGGAUCGACAGGUGAAGGUGCGAGUGAAGACCUUCCCAUAGGUUUGCGUCACGUGACGUUUUUACAAGCGUGUGUACGAUUUAGAGAGUUAGUUAGCUGGUUAGUGCGAGUGAUUUUUAUAUAAAUGUGUGUGCUUCUCUCUCUCUCUCUCUCUCUCUCUCUCUCUCUCUCGGUCAGUGUUGCCUCAGCAUGGCCGUGUUUCAUUUUGUGCACUGAACAAACAGCACGUCCUCUCGAACCGUCGGCACUGAAACCCUGACGUCUGUGCAAUAAGGCUAAAACCCUCUCUCCGGCUCCAGCACGUGCCUGUUCAUUUCUCUGCUGUUCGCCUUCAGUGUUUGUGUGUGUUUGUUUUUGUUUUUUUUUCUUCUUUUUUGCAGAACGAAUACGAGUGUGUGUGUGUGUGUGUGUGUGUAUGUGUAUGUGUCCUUCUCUAUCUAUUGCACAGUGUUUUGGAAAAUGCUUCCUUUCUCUCUUUUCUUUUCCUCUGUACAGCAGGACGAUCUCGCAGUAUCCUUGUUAAUGAUUAAAAACUAAAAAAAAAAGAAAACGAUGCCACCGAUCUGCCCCGCCUACUAUCUCAACCCGAGGGGAACUCCGCAAUACGCUGUUAAGGCCACGGGACGCGGGGCUGCCUCGAAAUCCAGCGCUGUGAGCCGUUAACAGCCUGACCGUCAUUAACACCGCCAUCUGAGCACAGAGAGAAAUAUCUAUGUAUCAGAGUGUAUGUACAAAUGAUUAAAUAUGUUUUGGGGGAAUUUUAUUUGCAA